GAUUGCAGUGGCUUCUCUUCUCUGCCCAUUCCCAGAAGAAAGCGGGGUCGUGACGAAACUGGGGAAUUGUCGGAGAUCCCAGAAUUACCGAAAAUACAGCUUACAGAAACCUCGGUGUUGCUCGAGAGUACCCGUCAAAUAUAUAUUUUUAAAGAUUUUCCAUAUUUGAACUAAUACGCAAGUAUGUCCUGGCAAGGCUACGUGGAUAACCUGAUGGCGGAUGGAAGCUGCCAGGACUCCGCCAUUGUUGGGUACACGGACGCCAAAUAUGUCUGGGCAUCGUUUCCCGGUGGUACAUUUGUUAACAUAACGGUUGAAGAAAUCGACGUCAUAGUAGGAAAGGACCGAGAAGCUUUCUUCUGCGGCGGGCUGACCCUAGGCCAAAAGAAGUGCUCCGUCAUCAGAGACAGCCUCCACUCUGAUGGGGACUGGACAAUGGACAUCAGGACAAAGAGUCAAGGAGGAGAGCCCACAUACAACGUUUCCAUAGGCAAAGCCGGCAAAGCAUUGGUUUUAGUCAUGGGAAAGGAAGGUGUCCAUGGAGGGCAGCUCAACAAGAAAGCGUAUACAAUGGCUGACUACCUGAGGAAGUCUGGAUACUAAAGCAGCCUCUGCCCAGCCACCUAGCAGCUCACCCUUACCACCCUCUUGCGUUUCACAGUACUUCCAGUUGGUAGUUGCUUUUUUUUCUUCUCCCUCCCCCCUCUGCCCCCUCCCAUUUUUUUGUUCCAUUUUUUUUUUUUUAUCCCCUUUUCUCUUGUCCUUUCCAGUCAUCUUUAUGCAUUCACACUGUGUACUCUAUCCCAUUCUAGCACUACUGUUGCACCAUAGUUAAAGAUGAGCAUGUUGUUAACAGGACAUUGUGACAAAUCUGUACUUAUAAA